ACUUCUGAAGGAUAGCUACAUCCUGGUCCUGGAUCCUGCAAGUGCACCAACCGGAUCUUGCUGCCACGCCGCCUCUGCUUCAUCUUCCUCACGGAGCAAAGAUUAGUCGUCCCUGACAGCGUGGGAUAAGGACGGGAAGGAAUUGAAGAACACCACGCGCCCGCGAUCCGGCCCGCCUCUCUAUAAGAUUCUAACCCUCCCGGUGCAGGGCCACCACGAGCCAGCCUAGCUAGCUUCUCGAUCGAUCAGCAGGUAGCCGAUCGAGCCAUGGCGACGAGCGUGCCAGCAGCUGGAUCGUGGGAGGCAGCGCGGGCGCCGCUGCUGCUGUGUGCGGCCGUCCUCGCCGCCGCCGCCGCGCGCGCGCUGGCGGAGUGGGCGUGGCUGCGGCCGCGGCGCCUGGGCCGGGCGCUGCGGGCGCAGGGCCUCCGCGGCACGGCGUACCGCCCGCUGGCCGGCGACGCGCCGCUGGCCGACCGGCUCGCCCGGGAGGCCAGGUCCCGCCCGCCCCUCCCGCCGGGCUGCCACGCCGUCGUGCCCAGGGCCGCGCCGCUCUUCCACCACGCCAUUCCGGAGCACGGCAAGACGUCGGUCACCUGGUCCGGGCCGGUGCCGAGGGUGACCAUUGCCGAGCCGGAGCUGGCGCGGCAGGUCCUGUCCAACAAGUUCGGCCACUUCCAGAAGGUCGGCUUCGGGCAGCUCCAGCGGCUGCUGCACAGCGGCGUGAGCACCCACGAGGGCGACAAGUGGGCCAGGCACCGGAGGAUCAUCAAGCCCGCCUUCCACCUCGACAAGGUCAAGGGCAUGCUGCCGGCCUUCGCCUCGUGCUGCGCUGACCUGGUGCGCAAGUGGGAGGGUCUGGCCGUGGGCGGCGGCGGCGGCGAGCCGCCGUCGUGCGAGGUGAACGUCUGGCCGGAGAUGCAGAGGCUGACGGGGGACGUCAUCUCCCGCGCCGCGUUCGGCAGCAGCUACCUCGAGGGCAGGAGGAUCUUCGAGCUGCAGGAGGAGCAGGUCAGGCUCGCCAUGCUCAUCGCCAACAAGAUACACAUCCCGGGCUACAUAAUGCUGCCGACAAGGAUCAACCGGCAGAUGAAGCGGAUCGCGCGGGAGAUCGAGGGGAUCCUGAGAGGCAUCAUCGCGAAGAGGGAGGGCGCGAUGAGAGCCGGCGCGGCGGCCGGCGACGACCUCCUCGGCCUGCUGCUAGAGUCCAACAUGGAGCACUCCAGGGGCAACGGCGAAGGCUCCGGUGGCGGCAUGUCCAUGGAGGACGUCAUCGGGGAGUGCAAGCUGUUCUACUUCGCCGGCAUGGAGACCACGUCGGCGCUGCUCACGUGGACCAUGAUCGUGCUCUCCAUGCACCCCGAGUGGCAGGACCGCGCGAGGGAGGAGGUGCUCGGGGUCAUCGGCGCCGCCGGGACGCUGCCGCCGGAUUACGACGGCCUCAGCCGCCUCAAAAUCGUGACGAUGGUGCUGUACGAGGUGCUGAGGCUCUACUCGCCGCUGCCGGCGGUGCACCGCCGGACGUACAAGCCGGUGGAGCUCGGCGGCGUCAGGUACCCGGCGGGGGUGGUGCUGGCGCUGCCGCUGCUGUGCAUCCACCACGACAGGGACGUGUGGGGGCCCGACGCCGACGAGUUCAAGCCGGAGAGGUUCGCAGAGGGGGUCGCCAGGGCGUCCGGCGACCGGCCGGCCUUUUUCCCGUUCGGCGGGGGGCCGAGGACCUGCAUCGGCCAGAACUUCGCUCUGCUGGAGGCCAAGAUGGGGCUCGCCAUGAUCCUGCGAAGCUUCGAGUUCGAGCUCUCACCGUCCUACUCGCACGCGCCGUUCUCCGCCCCACUGCUCAAGCCGGAGCACGGCGCGCAGGUCAACCUCAGGAAGCUCCCCUGAGCUGCCUCUGCAGGGACUUAGCUUGUGGAAGCAAGGAACAAAUAAUGAUUGGGCUGUCGUCUAGACUAUUUUUGUAAAGAAAUGUAGUAUUAUACUAGCAAAAAAAUUAUGGAAAAUUAUACUAGCAAAAAUUUGCGAUAA